GCCCCCCCGCCGGAGCGGCGUUGGUGGCGGCGACCAGGGCGUUUACCCGGCCGUUCGUGUUGGCUGGCGGCGCCGCUGGUGCUCUGGCUGGUCCCGCGAACAACUGGCGUGCAGCGCAGGCAAGGAGCGGCUACCACUGCGGCGACGUGGUCGCGCCGCCCGCCGGCUUCGCCAGGACGGGCUUCCCACACAGAGAGGUCGUCGCGCUGGCAGACGUGUCGGCGCUGUUCAUCGAGUGGGUCACCAUGUCCGAGGGAGGUGCUUUCAGUAACCAGGCGGGCAAGCCCUCCAGGAGCCUGGCCGGAAUCGCGGAGAGCUGUCGAGAAGAAGUCCUAGCGGAUUUCCCGAAGCCGAAGACGACCACGCGGUGCCUGAAGAGCCUCGCCAGCGAGGGUCGGUCUUUAGAGAGCCAUUUCGAGCAUUUCAAGAAGAUGCGCGGGUUGCAGGAAACCGAGUGGGGCAUGGAAGAGCACGCGCAGGCGUCACCUGAAG